CAAGAACGAGCAAUUCUUGAUACUGAGGCAAUCUUUCUGGUAUAAUGAGGCUUUUCAGAAGGUGACACCUAAGACUUCAUUGCAGAGCCAUUAAACAAUUGAAAAAAAAUGACAGAAAGUGGUGGGCAGGAACAGUCAAGAUGGAUAACAACAGUUAUUAUGAGUACAGCUCUGCAGAAUCAUGAAAUUUCUACAAUUCUACAGAGGCAACAACACAGAGUUCGCUAUUCAGAAUCAGUGGAAAGUGGAGCUGUGAUUUUUUCUCUUUCUGGUGUUGCAUUUAUACUGUCAGACACGCAGGAAUUGCUUAUGAUAGGGGAAGAGCAGUUUUCCAAAAGAAUUCAGAAGUUCAUAACCAUUCAUCGGAACAGUUUUCUGGUUUUGUCAUCUGCUCUUCAUGGACCAGAAGAAUGGAAUGUCAUGUUUAGGAUCCAGAGAAGAUUCCUGGGCAGUAAUUUACGUAUAAUACCGGUUCAUAAUUCCACUGAAACUGUUAAGUUAAUGCUCACUCUAGCUAAGAUAACUUCCAAGCCACAGGCAGAUGAUACUUAUUUCAAAAUGGCAAUGACAAAAGCUCAAAUAAUAGAAAACAGUCCAGUUUGGAAGAUGCUUCAGGACUACCAGCAGCAUAAUUAA